CAUUCAGAAGGAGAAAAAAUCGUCAUUCAGCAGCCAUUUCCAAUCGAUGCGUGUUCGUGAUUUUAAUACUUCUGACAAAAGCAGGUGGAGUUUUGAGCUUAUUAUUGAUUUGCAUUUGAUAAACGAAGGCAAAAACUAGUAGCCGUACGAGUAUUUAAUAAUUUCUAGUGGUAAAUAGUGUGAGCUACAAUUAAAGCAGGAAUUAUAAAACAACUAUUGCUAUGAAAAUAUUCAUCUAUCUAGAAGCAGCUGGUUAAUGUGUUCCAUGUUAUGGUUUUGGAUGAGGAACUAUGAAACUCUAGUAAAAUACCUAAGAUGGCUAACGCACGCUAAAGUGUAAGGACAUGUCUAAAAAAAAUUAUGAAAAGGGCAGAACAACAGGAUUUUCGAAUUCUCAUUAGUGUUAUGUUAUUGUAUAUUGUUUACUUUUGAAUGUGUUAGUUAUCCUAGAACACAGAUAAAAGUUACUAUAGGCGCGAAGCGUUCAUGCAGGUUCAUGAACCUACUAGAAAGUGUUUAAAGACUGUCAUAUUACUGACGUGAGCAAAUCGAUACAAACAAACAAACCAAAGGUGAAUCGGGAAAGAAAUGAUAAACUUCAAUUGGUUUGGCAGUGCGAUCUGCCUAAUUUCCUUGCUAGCGCUAUAUUUGAGCACGGUCACCGGACAAGCUUUGGGCGGGUUUCCCGCGCAGCACUCGAUUACCAAGCGAAUGGAUCUCGAGACCUGUUUGGUGCACUUCGAUAUCCACUUGAACACGAUCAUUCGCACCGAGGAGUCACGCUCGAUGGGUGCCAAGUUUCUGGACGACGCCGACGUUAGCUCAAGGGAACAGUGCCUGCGGCUGUGCUGCGAGACCGAGAACUGUGACGUGUUUGUGUUCGAGGAGAAGAAUCAGGGCACCUGUUUCCUUUUCCAGUGUGGACCGCCAACCGAUUUCCAUUGCAAAUUCACUCGUCAUUCAAACUACACUAGCGCGGUGCUGAAGAUCCCAUCUGUAGAACCACCACCUCCGGCAUUGGUCAAUCAGAUCCAUUCUGUGGUCCAGCCGCCUCAGGUAUCCAGUUUACCCAAACUCUCACAGCACGAGCUAGAAUUGGUUAAUCUGAAAGCACCAAAAUCAGCUCUUAGAAGUGACCUUACAACAACUACUUUGCUUCCACCUCUCGGCGUUCAACUCGGGCAACUCCCCACCACAACCACAGCAAGACCCAUAACACCAUCCCAGUGUGGUCACUACGAAUUUCCGUGCCACUCGGGAGAGUGUAUUGCCGUGUACAAUGCCUGCGACGGGAUUCCCCAGUGCGCCGACGGUAGUGACGAGGGACCAGAAUGUCGACGACCUCCACCAGUGAAACCCUUCCAACCUGUUCAAAUUCCUGCGAGCGAUGGCCAGAUGAAUCCUAUGCCACUAUCGAACACCCCAAUUUUCCCAGCCGACCUGCAGCAGCAGCAGUUGAGGGGACUUCAGCAGCAGCAGGAGGAGCAGAAGAUGGCUCAUCAGAUGCCGCACAACCGGGAAGAUCCUAUGACGGCACCGAAAGCAUGGCCCCGACCACUGGUCAAUUCUCAGGGAUCGUAUGUGGAUACUGCCGAUAGCCGCAUAUUCAACCACAAAGGAGGUCUUCAGCUCGCAUCCAACCAAAAUUCUCCUCUUCAAUACCAGGACUCUCUUCCGGACACCAGUUACGUUCCUAACAUCCCCAGAAACAGUCCAUAUUUGCCACUCCAAGGUGGGUAUCAAUCUGGUCCUGCUCAGUGGACCGAUCCACGACUGUCUGCUCCCCCGAGACAAAUGUGGCCUAACCAACCUUCAAUAGCCCAGGAACAGUACAUUCAGCCCCCGCCUCAGCAUCAACCGGAUCCAGUUCAACCACCGCCUCAGCCUGCACAAAUAUUACCCCCUCAGCAACAGUUGCCUCAGCAGCAACAAACCGCACCGGUCAAUCCAAAUUCAACCGGGGAUCAAUCUAAACCAAUUACCGCAAACAUCGAGGCCCCGAAAAAGUCCCCUGAAACACAUAAAUCUGCCUCGAAAAUAUCAGAGGAAUAUGACUCCGAUGAAGAUCAAUACCAGGAUGGCAAAAGCUCCAACGAGUAUCAAGAGGAAGAGAAACCGGACCCUCCACAAAAGAAGAAACAACGAAAACAUCACAAACAACAGCAUGGCGAGGAACAUAAGAAAAAGAAUAAGUCUAAAACAACCAAAAAAGAUAAAGCUACCGGACAUGAAGGCAGUGAUCAUGCGGCUCCCGUCCAUGAACAUCUCAAGAUGUUGCGAAACGAUCUGGAGAUUGAAUUUGCAGACCACGAUGGACUGGCGGAACGACCUGGUGGAGCGGUACUUUCCCUAACGCUUGGAGCCAUACUAACUGCAGCUUUAGCUAUCCUAAUAGGAUGUCGCAUGAAGGUAGCCCGACGAAGGAUACGACGACAGGGCAAAUCGUCCUACGCCCACGAUGCGGAUUUCCUUGUGAAUGGAAUGUAUUUGUAGUAAGCACUUGUAGAAUAUAAAUCGGGAGUGUCUAUUGGUUGUUAUCAAAACUAGUUUGAUUCAUUUGAAAACAUUUUAAAAGGUACAUCCUAGCUUCAAGAAACAUUUCAUUAGAUUGUAAGAAAUUAUGCUUUCUGUUUGCCAGCCACAUUUUUUUGUUAAUAAAAAUUUAUUGGAACUCCUA